UCUAGGCACCAAGGCACAGCUUACAGUAGACCCAAGUCCUGCUCUGCAGAGUUCGUCUUUCCAGUGAAGGUACAGAGGUGGAUGAACUGCUGAGACCUGAUUGACGUAUUUUAAGAUUUUUUAAUUUCUGAAGUCUAGCAGGCCUGUAAGAACAAAAAUCAUUCUGCAGGAAUUAAAAACAGAAUCCAGUCUUGACAACAUAUCCACAAUGUCUGACGUAUCUACUAGUGUACAAUCAAAAUUUGCUAGACUUGGAAAGAAACAGGAAAAUAUCACCUAUAUGAAAAGAGAGCAGUUAACAGAAACUGAUAAGGACAUAGCUCCGGUAUUAGAUUUAAAAUGCAAGGACGUAUCAGCAGUUAUGAGUAAGUUUAAGGUCUUAAUGGAAAUUCAAGACCUGAUGUUUGAGGAGAUGAGGGAAACUCUUAAAAAUGACCUAAAGGCAGUUUUAGGAGGAAAAACUACAAUACCUGAGGUAAAGAAUUCAGAGAACUCCAGUAGUAGGACAGAGUUGCAACAAAUAAUCAAUUUAGCAUUACAAAAAACAGGGAUGGUAGGGAAAAUAGAAGGAGAAAACUCUAAAAUAGGUGAUGACAUUGAAAAUUUAACCUUUAAAAUAAAAGAAGUAAAUGAGCCAAGUGGUAAAUUAGACAACGCUAAUGAAUGCAAUAGUAAUGAUGGUAAGAAAUUACCCCAGAAUGAAUCACGAAGUUACAAAGUCAUGGGAAGUAUGGAAGAAACCUUAUGCGAUAUAGAUGACAGAGAUGGAAAUCGCAAUGUCCAUUUAGAAAUUAUAGAAGGAGAGAGUAGGAAGAAUGGAGAGAAUGAAUUUGUCAAAGAAAUGAGAGAGGAAAGAAAAUUUCAGAAAUUCAAGAAUAAAGACAUUUUAAAAGCCUCUAGAGAAGAAAAAGUGUUGAUGGAUGAAGGAGCAGUACUUACCCUGGCAGCCGACCUUUCAUCAGCAACACUGGAUAUUAGUAAGCAAUGGAGUAAUAUCUUCAACAUUCUGAGAGAACAUGAUUUUGAACCUAAAUUUCUGUGCAAAGUUAAAUUAGCAUUUAAAUGUGAUGGUGAAAUAAAGACAUUUUCAGAUCUGCAAAGCCUUAGAAAAUUUGCCAGCCAAAAAUCUUCUAUGAAAGAAUUACUGAAAGAUGUACUCCCACAAAAGGAAGAAAUAAAUCAAGGAGGAAGAAAAUAUGGAAUUCAAGAAAAAAGGGGUAAAACCCUAAUAGACUCAAAGCAUAGAGCUGGAGAAAUGACCAGUAAUGGCUUGAGCUUUCUAUUUCUUGAAGAAGUAAAAGUUGCUAAGCCAGAGGAGAUGAACAACUUAGAGACUCAGGAGGAAGAGUUUUCCGAGCUAGAGGAGCUAGAUGAAGAGGCCUCAGGGAUGGAGGAUGAUGGAGAAGAUACCUCAGGGCUAGAGGAGGAGGAGGAAGAGCCCUCAGGGCUGGAGGAGGAAGAAGAAGAAGAGGCCUCAGGGUUGGAGGAGGACGAGGCCUCAGGGCUAGAGGAGGAAGAGGAACAGACUUCAGAACACGACUCAACCUUUCAGGGUCAUACUUUGGUAGAUGCAAAGCAUGAAGUUGAGAUAACCAGUGAUGGCAUGGAAACUACUUUCAUUGAUUCCACCGAGGAUUCUGAACCAGAGGAGGAAGAGGAAGGAAAGAGCUCUGAAAUAGGGAAGGUAAAGACUACCUCCCUGACUGAGAAAAAAGAAGCCUCACAUAGACAAAAAGAAAUUCCCUUUAGUUAUUUGGUUGAGGACUCUGGGAAGAAAAAGUUGGUGAAAUACCAGGUGGUGCACAAAACCCAGGAGGAAGAGGAAACAGCUGUGCCCACAAGUCAAGGAACUGGCACACCCUGUCUGACCUUAUGUUUGGCCUCUCCCUCAAAGUCACUAGAGACAGGUCAUGAUGAGCAUAAAAAGCAUUCACGUACAAAUCUGAGUAUUUCAACAGGGGUCACCAAACUUUUUAAGAAAACAGAAGAAAAGAAACACAGAACUCUGCACACAGAAGAACUAACAUCCAAAGAAGCAGACUUAACACAGGAAACAGAAGAAAACUUGAGAAGUAGUGUGAUUAAUAGCAUCAGAGAGAUAAAAGAGGAGAUUGGAAAUUUGAAAAGUUCCCAUCCAGGUGUCUUGGAAAUUGAAAAUUCAGUAGAUGAUCUGAGUAGCAGAAUGGACAUACUUGAAGAAAGAAUAGACAGUCUAGAAGAUCAAAUUGAAGAAUUCUCUAAGGAUACAGUGCAAAUGACCAAACAGAUAAUUAGUAAAGAAAGGCAAAGAGAUAUAGAGGAGAGAUCUAGAAGUUGCAACAUUCGUUUGAUAGGAAUUCCAGAAAAAGAGAAUUAUGAGAAUAGGGCAGAGGACAUAAUUAAGGAAAUAAUUGAUGAAAACUUUGCAGAACUAAAGAAGGGUUCAAGUCUUGAGAUUGUCAGUGCUUGUCGAGUACCUAGUAAAAUUGAUGAAAAGAGACUGACUCCUAGACACAUCUUGGUGAAAUUUUGGAAUUCUAAUGAUAAAGAGAAAAUAAUAAGGGCUUCUAGAGGGAGAAGAGAAAUUACCUACCAAGGAACAAGAAUCAGGUUGACAUCAGACUUAUCACUGGACACACUGGAUGCUAGAAGUAAAUGGAGCAAUGUCUUCAAAGUUCUGCUGGAAAAAGGUUUUAAUCCUAGAAUCCUAUAUCCAGCCAAAAUGGCAUUUGAUUUUAGGGGUAAAACAAAGGUAUUUGUUGAUAUUGAAGAAUUUAGAGAUUAUGUUUCGCAUAUGCCCACCUUGAGAGAAUUACUGGGGAAUAAUAUACUUUAGCACUCUAGGGUGACUGCAAACAAUAUGCUUUCCUCCCCCAGCACACAUCCAAAAAUCAACAAGUAAAACUGGAAAAUACACUUCUACCCAGAAGAAUGGACAGCUAAAAGCACACUUGGGGAUGAGGAGCAAGGAAUAUUACAGAUAUUACCUAGAUGUUAAUAAAGGGUAUGUUUAAAAAAAAUAGGCUGGUCUCAAUGUAGUGAGGUAUUUCAGUUGAUUGUUCACAGUCAGUUACAGAUAGAAUUCCUUCUACCUCCCCCCAACCACCUCACUACAGUUGACUAGUCUUUUUAGAAUUUAUAUUGUCCUAGCUUGUCCAAGAGUAAACUUCCUAUACUACUGGGGGAGGGCUGCACCUGUCAAGAUAACCUGUCAGUGUAGUAGGAAAACGGGAGGAGACAGUAACAAAAGCACAGG